AUGGGCCCGACUCCCCCUGAGACCCCCCCCAGAAGGACCCCUGCCUCCAUCAGGUCGCCUUUCUUGUCACGGUCAGACGGCCCUCCUCGUCGCACCCGGGGAGAGGCCACUGGGACUCGGGUCCUCCGCAGUCGCCUGCCCCACGCAGAGCCGGUCCCCGCCGCCAGAGGGCGCUGUCUCGGGCGGUCCGGAGAGCCGCGGCCUCUCUUGCCGCGGACCGAGCCUCGGCCCCUCCGCCCGUGCCGCCGGAAGUGGGAGGUGUCGCGCGCGGGCCGGCGCUCGACCCCUCCCCCGUGGCUCGGCCGCCCCCUCCCCCCGCUCCGCCCGCUCAGGUGCGUCCGGUCCCUCCCCCCUUCCUCCGGGGGCGCGGCGCGGGAGAGCGCGAUGGCUGCGUCUGAGGUAGCUGGUGUUGUGGCCAAUCCUCCCAGUCCUCCGGAAUCCUCUUCUAGUUUAUGUGCUUCCAAAUCCGAUGAAAGCCUCCCAGAUGGUCUAAGCCCCACAGACCCUGCAGAGAAGCAGAAGAACUCGCCUCCGUCGAGUGUAAGUAGCCAAACGAUAACCAAGGAGAAUAACAGAAAUGUGCAUUUGGAACACCCAGAGCAGAAUCCUGGUUCAUCAGCGGGUGACACUUCAGCAGCGCACCAGGAGGUUUUAGGAGAAAACUUGAUAGCCACAGCCCUUUGUCUUUCUGGCAGUGGGUCUCAGUCUGAUUUGAAGGACUUGGCCAGCACAGCAGGAGAGGAGGGGGACACAAGCCUCCAGGAGAGCCUCCAUCCAGUCACUCGGUCUCUUAAGGCAGGGUGCCAUACCCAGCAGCUUGCCUCCGGGAAUUGCUCUGAAGAGAAAUCCCCACAAGCCUCCAUCCCAAAGGAAGGUAGCAGGGACACAGGCUUGGAUUUCCGACCUGUGGUGCCUCCAGCAAAUGGGGUUGAAGGAGUCAGAGUGGAUCAGGAUGAUGAUCAGGAUAGCUCUUCCCUGAAGCUUUCUCAGAACAUUGCUGUACAGACUGACUUUAAGACAGCUGAUUCAGAGGUGAACACAGAUCAAGACAUUGAAAAGAAUCUGGACAAAAUGAUGACAGAGAGAACCCUGCUGAAGGAACGUUACCAGGAAGUCCUGGACAAACAGAGGCAAGUGGAGAAUCAGCUCCAAGUACAAUUAAAGCAACUCCAGCAAAGGAGAGAAGAAGAAAUGAAGAAUCACCAGGAGAUUUUAAAAGCUAUUCAAGAUGUGACCAUAAAGCGGGAAGAAACAAAAAAGAAGAUAGAGAAAGAAAAGAAGGAGUUUUUACAGAAAGAACAGGAUCUCAAAGCUGAAAUUGAGAAGCUUUGUGAGAAGGGCAGAAGGGAAGUAUGGGAAAUGGAACUGGAUAGACUCAAGAAUCAGGAUGGUGAAAUAAAUCGGAACAUUAUGGAAGAGACAGAGCGAGCCUGGAAGGCAGAGAUCCUGUCACUGGAGAGCCGCAAGGAGCUGCUGGUGUUGAAACUAGAAGAAGCAGAGAAGGAAGCAGAGCUGCACCUUACUUACCUCAAGUCAACUCCUCCAACAUUGGAGACAGUUCGUUCCAAACAGGAGUGGGAGACGAGGCUGAAUGGAGUUCGGAUAAUGAAAAAGAAUGUCCGGGACCAGUUUAAUAGUCAUAUCCAGCUAGUGAGGAAUGGGGCCAAGCUGAGCAGCCUUCCUCAAAUCCCUACCCCCACUUUGCCGCCACCCCCCUCAGAGACAGACUUCAUGCUCCAAGUGUUUCAGCCCAGUCCCUCUCUGGCUCCUCGGAUGCCCUUCUCCAUUGGGCAGGUCACGAUGCCCAUGGUUAUGCCCAGUGCAGAUCCCCGUUCCUUGUCGUUCCCGAUCCUGAACCCUGCCCUUUCGCAGUCCAGCCAGCCCUCCCCGCCCCUGCCUGGCUCCCAUGGGAGAAAUAGCCCUGGCUUGGGUUCCCUUGUUGGCCCCCAUAGUCCACACAUGUCCCCUGCCACCUCCAUCCCGCCUCCCCCAGGCUUGGGUGGUGUUAAGGCUUCUACUGAAACUCCCCGGCCCCAACCAGUAGACAAACUGGAGAAGAUCCUGGAGAAGCUGCUGACUCGGUUCCCACAGUGCAAUAAAGCCCAGAUGACCAACAUUCUUCAGCAAAUCAAGAUAGCGCGUACCACCAUGGCAGGCCUGACCAUGGAGGAGCUGAUCCAGCUGGUAGCCGCACGCCUGGCGGAGCAUGAGCGAGUGGCAGCAAGCACUCAGCCACUUGGUCGGAUCCGGGCCUUGUAUCCUGCUCCACUGGCCCAAAUCAGUACCCCAAUGUUCUUGCCUUCUGCCCAAGUUUCAUAUCCUGGAAGGUCUUCACAUGCUCCAGCCACUUGUAAGCUGUGUCUUAUGUGCCAGAAACUUGUCCAACCCAGUGAGCUACACCCAAUGGCGUGCUCGCAUGUGUUGCACAAAGAGUGUAUAAAAUUCUGGGCCCAGACCAACACAAAUGACACUUGUCCCUUUUGUCCAACUCUUAAAUGACGGACCUGACUGGGGAGGAAGAAGAGGAGAAACUGAUGUGAACAGGAAGUGCGGGUUCAAGAUUUCUAAAACUCUAUAUUUAUACAGUGACAUAUACUCAUGCCAUGUACAUUUUUAUUAUAUAGGUAAUGUGUGUAUAGAAAGUCUGUAUUGAAAUGUUCGUAAAUGAAAGUAUGUAUAUAAUGCAGAAACACUGUCUCCCCCCGACCCCAUCUUGUAGUUCUUUUGGGGGAUGCAGAUUGUAGGGAAGAUACUGUUUAGUUUGGCCUUGAAAUUAUGAUAUCCCUGCCUAGGGCCGUUUUCAGAUACGUUCUAGGAAGCUGCUGUUGCUCUACGGCCAUCCGGCUUUGGUUCGGCUCGGCCUCUAAUCCAGCCUUUAAGGCUCGUGUAUGCUGAUUUGAAGCCUGGUGCUCACCUGCUGUCCAACCAGCUGCCUUGCUUACCGAGAGCCUCCAGAACCCUCAGUAUUGCUCUAGCCACUCCAAAUGGAUAAAAUGAGACUCUGAUUGAGGAAAAAAAUGUAAUCCUAAUAGUUUGACUUUUCAUUGACUAUUUUACUAUUAAUGUUAAUUAUUUAUACAUAGACGUUAGGUUUACAGAGCAUUUUGUUUUACAUCACUAAAAUUCACAGUCCAAGAAUAACAACAUAACCAGGUCUCAUUUCCCUUACCAGUGUCUGUCUACUCUGCUUGUUGGAUAGAAAUGAGCAUAAACCACGGCUUUUGCUGGGCCAAAUCAUCCCUUGCAACCACUGGCUUGGCUUCUAAUCAAGCUGUGACAGGUCAGCCCUGUGAAGUCUGCAUCUUGUCCUAUUCAUUCUGCUCUCCUAGUCUAGCUAAGCCCCUCUCCCUGAAGGGUAAGGCAGUUGGUUUAUGACCAAGUUGUUUGGUGACCUUGACCUUGGGUGAGUUCCAGACAGGCACUGGGGUGAAGAGAUGUCUGUGCAAAAUUGCUUGCGCAGACUGAGUUUUAAUGUUUGAAGCAAGAAAGCUGUGCGGACAAAUGCUUCCCUGGGAAAAAUGGAGACCAAAGUGAUGAGGAGGAGGCAGGUGGGAUUUUAGGGUUAUCAAUCAUUUGUUCUGUGCAUAGCUAUGUGGAACUAGAUCACUGUCUACCUCUGCUGAUUGAGCACUUCUGGCUUUUAGGUUUAUACAUGAGGAGGCUGUGACUCUAUUGGACCUAGGAGUUUUUUUCUCCCCAUCCUUUUAUCUUCCUGCAGGAAAUGGUUUUAGCUCCCUUCUGUCUUGAAAUUAAAUCUAAAAAAUUCUCUCCAGGGGAGAGACAUCAUUAUAUUGUUAACAACUGGAUUUUUCCCAUUUUGGGAUUGGAAAUGCUUACUGAUAUUAGCAGUUCUUUCAGGGUAGCAAAGGCUUUUCCAUUCACAUGCAACUAAACCCUCUCCUCUCUGAUUUUGUUAACCAUUUUCCUUGUCAUUCAUUCUACUUUCUCUUUUCUCCUGCCUUACUUGCCCACAUUUAUUGGUCAGCAUCAUUGUAAGUAGCUGGAUUUCCCCGUAUUUCCUUGGCAUCUUGUAGAAUGAUUGGAAUGGCCUGAGUGCUCAAUUCUUUAGAGGUCAGAUAGCUUCCUUUCUUUGAUCAGUGAAAUAUUAGUAUCUCCAGUUUGGUACUGCCAUGAACAGGAAAGGUGAACAAACAGAAGACCGGUUUCUUGCUCUUUUCACUUAGGGGAUUCAUUUUUUAAUCUUACGAUUUUUUCUUGUUAAGUAGUGCAGGCUAGUCUUGAACUCACUAUGAGCCCCGGCUGGUCUUGACUCAUGAUCCUCCUGCCUCAGCCUCUUGAAUGCUGGGAGUAUAGGCAUAUGCCACUACAGCCAGCGAAUUUAAAUUUUUCUCUUUCUCCAGUUUUUCAGUAACCCUGGGCUCCCUAUAUCUUUCAGUGUCCCCUGAAAACUUAGAAACUGGAGAGGGUAUAGAGAAUUUUGUUUCUUCAGUUGGAGGCCCUGCCCUGCUCUAUCCAGAGCAAGGCUAUUGAAAUUUCAAAUUGCCUGAGGGGAAAAGUUAUGUGUAUAUUAUUUUCCAAAAGUCUUUGAAGCCAGAGGAGUAGAGAAAAAGGAAAAAUGGGGAGAGAGCUCACCUGCGUCCUGGUGAAAGCUGCUGGAGAGCUAACUCAGGCGCCAGCAGGUGUUCUGAGAGCUGCAGGGGGGAGCUGGGCCUCCCACUGCCCUUCCCUGGCAGGCAGGAUGAGUCAGAAGCAGAGGCCACCACCCCUCCCCCCGCCCCCCUUCUCCUGCUGCCUGGCCUGCAGUGGUACAAGCCACACAGACCAGAGGGAGGGCCACCACUGCAGUGUGUGCAGAUGGGACAGUCAUCUUCAGGAGUAAAAUGUUAAAAGCGCUGUAUAGUACAUAUUUUUACAAGCAAGAAGCUAUUGUCCAGAUUUUUUUUUUCCUCUUAAGAGUUUAUAGUUUCAGGGUAGAAAGAAAAUAACUGUAAAAAGAAAAAUCCAUUAAGUUUUCUCUUAAAAAAAGGACAUGAGACUUACUAAUGAAUGGGUUUUGAGUUUUAUGCCCUGGAAAAGGUGAGGAAAAGCCCGUUUUUCCUAACAUGGGUAGAAUUAUAAAGUAGAAUGUGGCAUUUUCAUUUGAUGGUAACAAAGGAGAAAUUUAUUUACACUGUAAGUUGUGAGUCGGAAGUGGACAGUUUGCAGGCUUCCUGUCAGUCUUUGUAGUUGUACGCUGUUCCCAGCCAGCCAGAGCAGCACCACACGCAGUGGGAAUGAAGAGAACCCAGAUAAAAGACUGUAACUUCAUAUUCUGGUUUUAUUGGUUUAUGGCUUGUGGGCAGCUGGCUGCAGGCCGGCGACUCCAGAGGCCCUUGUAUUUCCCUCCUUCAUCGGGCAGUGCCACACCCGCCAGGUCCCCUGCCUGAAGUAGUGUGUGUACCAGGUAAGAUUAGGAUGCAGCAGAUAAACUGCGCACUCUCAGCCCUUCCCACGAACACUGGUAGCACAGUCUACUGUGCAGAACUGAUGGAGAGGAAAUGAGCUUGGCCCCCACCACCUCGCCCAAGAGCCAGCCUGGGUGCCCACGUACAUCGGGAGUGGGAGAAGAGGGCAGCCUCCGGCAAGGGGAACAGAAGGACGCGAGGAAGCCGGAGGCUGCCAUCCUUCCCAGGUGGCCUUCAUAUGGAAGGCAGUGACUCCGCGCAGAAAGCCCCGUGUUUCUGACAUUCUUGGUUUAAUACUCGCCAGGGUGCGAUGCCUUAGUCAAAUAAAUGGAGGCGCCAUUAGAGAGGGUAAGAAAGCAGUGAAACCACUCAGUAUUACGUGACGACGGUCUUACCACUUAGAGCAAAUAGGAGGAACCUGGACAGAGGUAUAAGGCAUCAACCCUACACCUGCUGAAUGGAUCUAUGGCGUUCUGCUUUCGGGGCUUAGGUAGGAGAGGUCUCACCUCUAUUCCUUGUAGCACCUGGGCUGCAAAGCUCCAAAGCAAGGGGGCUCUGGGGAAGGAGUGAGCGCGUGACCAGGGAGACAGUGCGCAGCCCUGCUGUAGUCCAGCUGCUCCCGCAGGGAACCUAGGGCGGUGGGGGCUGGCUGCUGCUGUGGCACCUGUCACAUGUAGGAGGAAGGGUUCAAGUAGAGACAAGUGGGAUUAAUAAGACAGAAACUCAUUUGUUAAGUGGAACUUCUUCAUGGGCACCUUUCAUUUAAAAGAGCUUUAAAAUGAGCUCUUGGUUCCAUAAGCUCUUCUUUACAUCUCACUUUGGGUCAGCCUACAACCACAGAAACACUGGGGAACGAAUGACACCCGUCUUAUAAGAUGGGGUUCUGCCUUGGAGAUGAGGUCUCAAGCUGGGACCAGUGAGUUGCUGUUUCUGUGUUUCUUGUCUUUAAUACCAGCUCACUGUCUUUAUACUCCUCUAACUGCCCCAUGUGUACAAAUGCUCUAAUUGCUCUUUUUUAAUUUAAGAGGCAGUCUUUGCACCAGUGUUAGGCUUGCUUCCCCAGUCCCUAUGUCUAAAGCAAACAGCAAACUGUGUAUCUUCUUCUGCUGACUUUGGCCAGCAGGGAUAUGAGGUUGCUCUUCGCAGGGUACCGCAGAGACACGCUGGGAUAGCCUGGGUGUGAUGCCAGGACUUCUGCAAGUGAGGAAAGAAUACUUUGGGUUGGAAAAUCUAAAUGGUUGGUGGGCAAAGGUGCAGGCUGAAGGUUCAAGCAGCAGAAUCUCCUAGCUCAAGUUUGAGGUGGCCAAGAGUAUCCUUUCACCAGAGCGCUUCUUUCUUUCCUCUCCUGUUUCUUAAAGGUGCAAGCCCUGGGGCCCACCCUGUUGACUUUUCCUUUUCUGUCAAGGCAGAGAGAGGCAUUGGUGGGUGGGUGAGGGUCCUGAGGUGCUCUGGCCACAGGUACCAUCUGUGUCUCCAACUUGGGACCAAAGGGGACCACCCAGAUGUGGCCCAGGGGAAUCUGUCUUCCACCCAUGGGCCUCUUCACUUCAGCAGGGAGAUGUCAUCAGCAAAGUCAUCAUGUUGAUGGCGGAGGCAGCGGAGGCAGCGCCACUGACACACCAUGAGGCAGAGUGGCAGCAUGAAGAGGGCGCAGAUGGCAGCCAUGACAUAGGCUAUGGUCAUGAGGGUUGACUCAUCUGUCUGUGGAAUGUUGUAGCCACAGUCUUCCAUGUCCGGGGUGACAAAAGGGCCUUCCACUGUUGCGGUCCUGAACUCAUCAUGCACUGGGGAAGGCAGAUAUAAAUGGAUAGUGCUCAGUUGUGCCAGAGCAGCCUGAGUUACACAACAGAAGAACUUGUGGACAGUGACACCUUGCAGUCAGCCUCUGUGCGAGCUUUUAGUCCUUUUGGAGACUUUUAGGAGCGGGCAGGAAAGCCAGUGCUCAGCAGAGGCCCAGCUCCUCUCUCACAGCCCUAGGAAUAGCAUCCUUUCCUGGUUACAUGUCCCAUAGGAAUGAAAUCCUGUCACCUUUCUGCAGGGGCAUCUGCCCUACAGUAAUGCGUCUGACAGGCUCCCUGAAGGUUCAGCCCCCUGCCCUUCUAUCCUGAGCUUCCUAAGGGACCCGGGCAGCUCUUGCUGUAGUAGGUUUCUAGCAGGGCUUUCCACUCCAGGUGGAGUCACCGGGGCAGACAAUGCCAAAAAGUAAAUUAAUUAAAUUUAAAAGUGAUGAGCACUGGCACCAGCUGUUGUACACUAUGCUGACUUUAGCUUGAGGCCACUGCUACUACCUCCCAAAGGCAUGGGGCCGAGGUAGCCUAACUGCUGACAGUGGGAAUGUAAUUGAACCACGCCCUCAUCUCCAUGCUCUUACCAUGGCAAGCACUGACAGCAAAGCCGAUUCGUUUUCGGGCCCGGUCAAAGACGACGUAGAAGCCCUCCAUGAUAACAGCUCCCAUCACCGUGCCAGUGGAUGACUGCGAGAUGGCGAACUUGUAACAGUCAUCCUGGGACGUGGCUACGUCUUCCACAGGCCGCAGGUAUUGCUAGGGGCAAAUAGUCCAGACCUUUUUGCUUCACACUCUACCCCGUUUCUGCCCUCUAGGUGUAGCUACCAUUUAGUAGCCUUUCCCUUUGCCAUCCCUGAGCCCCAAGAGGUUGGGCUUUCCAAGACCCCUUUACCACUGAGCCAUGCCUGCUCAGUAUCUUCCAAUUCGUAUUUUGACCUCUUCCUGGGAUCCCCCUGCCUCAGCUUAGGGACAUACCUGUGGAAGAAUGGUGAUGCGGAAGGACUGGUUGGUGACCUCACCCAUGAGGUAGAGCGAGAUGACUGGGAAAAUGUUCCAGGGGGUGGUGCCUGCUUGCCAGCACACCAGCUGCUCACCCAGCCAAAAGCCAUCUGGAAACUUCUCUGUCUGUGUUGGCAAGAAAAGGGUAACAAUGAGGGGUCAGCCUCCAUCCCCUCGUGCGCCUGUCUUCACAGCAUUGCCCGGGCCCUUUGUCGGCUUCUCUGGGGGAGACAUCCAGAGCAGGAAAAGGUGAACUACAACCAGGGUGGGGGGCGAGAGCAGGAGACUGAGGGCAAAGGUUGGUACCAGAGGCCUCGUAUGACAAGCAGGCAGACCCAUGCAGCAGGCAAGUUUUUAAGAGCUCUUAAGUACAAGGGUCUGCAUGGAGUCACCUUGGCUCUUGCUGAGGGCUAUUUCUGCCACUGACUUCUUGUGAUAGCAUGUCAUCUCUUAUACCUUAUCCUUAGUGCACUGACCGAGGAGGCUGCCUUGAUGGAUUUGACCGCAGCCUCAAACACUUUCUUGGGGAGACGAAGGUUGGUGGUGCCACUGUCCACGAUGCUCUUGUCAUAGUUGUACUGAGGAGGAGAGGAAAGGGUUGGAAGAGCUUUUUGGUGCCAGGCUAUGGGCAGAGAUAGAAGAGUGGGUUUGAUUGCUUGGCGUUUGGCCAGGUUCGCAUCCUGGCUUUGCUACCUUGUGUGUUACCCUCCUUAGGCAAGUUAAUUAACCUCUGUGCCUCAGUUUCCUUGUCUCUAAAAGGAUGUUAAAGUACCUACCUCAAAAGUCAUUGUAAGGAUUAAACGAAUACUUUGAAUUAACACUUAGAAUGGUGUGUCACAGGCAGGAGGCACUUCAGUAAACGUUAGCUCUUACUGUCUUGAGUGGGCCUACAUUUUCCGAAUCUUUUUUUUUAAUUUUAAAGAGAAUAAAACCCAACCAUACAGAAUACAGCCAAUUAAAGCAGUGAAAGUGGUACAUAACUUCAAAACAGGACAAUAGGUCAUCAACAAUGGCUUCUAUAAAGUAUCACAUUUUUCACAUCUUAAGUAGUACCUGGUAUAGUGCUUUUAACUUCACAUAGUACUUUUACAUCUAUUCUGACUUAGCAUAUGCAAGGAUCUAAGGAAGGAGCCCCCAGGGUUUAGCUAGUAUUUGUUGGCUACUGCCAAACAGUUGUCUGACCUUUUCUACAAUGUUUGGGAAAUUUAUUUUACCUCUGUUUGCAGAUGAGGAAACUGAAACACAGAGGAACAAGCCUGAGGGCACCCAGCUAGUAAAUGGCAGUGGUAACUUCAAAUCUAGGUCUUUGUGACCCUAAAGCAGGGCUCUCAUAGGACAUCUCACCACACUGCCUUGCAGAGAACUUGCCCAGCGCUUUGAAGCAAAGCAGUGACUGGAGGCUAGCCGGGAACUAGUUCAGGCCUGUUGGCUUGUUCUCUGUUCUCAUUCGUGUUACUAUAGAAGCCCACAAUCCCUGUGAUGGUCCUGGUCCUGCUGUGUCCUGCUGUGUCCUCGCAGACCUCUGAGCCCGGCCCCACCCUCUGUGCGGUCCUGUCUGUACUGCCUCAUCCUCCCAGCCUUCCCAUGUGAGGUGUCCCCAUUUCUCUCUUGGCUGCCAGUUGGUGUUAUUACCUCCUUGCAGUCCAUCUUCAGAUCUUGUCCAUUGAUCUCCACCCGCACAAUGAUCACCUCAUAAUACCACUCCCGCCGGAUGGGUGUAUACCAGAGAUUGCCUGUAUACAGCGAGUGGUCAAUACCCCCGAUGAUCUAAGAGAGGAGACAGGCAUCCGUGGGCGGGCACAGAAGAGCACGUCACAAAGACAAGCAGUGAGAUCAGUCACACUUGGGGUUAGCAAGGCUCUCUACAUAAAACCGUUUCCAUUUUCCUGCUUCUAACCAAUCAUGUCCCAAAGUGACUUAUUGUCUCUAAGUGUGUUCAGAAGAAAAGACUUGAUAGGAUGUUAAUUAUUUGUUUCAGGAUCACAUAGCGCUUGACAUAAAGUUAUUUAAACCUAAACUGGCAAAUAAAUGUUGAACGAAUUGAUUAUGGCUUCUAAGUCGUAUUUUCACUGUUUGUCAGAGAACCAUUCACUGUUGUCCUAAUCAAUGAAUAAAUAGACUUAAACUCCUGA